AGUUCUCUGGUUCUACACACACACAAAAGUUUCCUGUUCGAGAAGCAGGACUGAGAGUUCGAAAACGACAACUUUGUCUACCGAACUUGCGACCAGGUUGGACAUGGCGAUGAUGUCGACCUCAGUGCGAAAAACGCCGAAGGAAUCAAAGAGAGAAGAGUGGAAGCAUGUUGCCUUACCUGCUCGGCUGAGUCAGGGAGGUGAUGCAGUGACAACAUCAGUUAGCGAAUCAGCUAGCGUGAGCACACUGGUACAGAGAUUCGAGGCUCUGGCCAACCAGGCACAACAUGCCACACACCUCCACUCACUACCAGAUGUGGACAAAGUCCGGAUCAGACUCCCGGAUCAUGUUGGAGAGAUUGUGGACCAAUGGGAGCAGAUGACAGCAGAGACGAGCUCCUUCAGCUCAGGAGAGACGAGCUCCAUCAGCUCAGGAGAGACGAGCUCCAUCAGCUCAGGAGAGACGAGCUCCAUCAGCUCAGCAGACAGUGUGGUUACUGUUAUUGCAGCCCCACAGAAACCACCUUGCACCCGGCUGCAGAGCGACACAGCAGAGACCACAGGAACCACUCCUACCCCACCACCCAAACCUGCCAGGUGUAAGGACUUCGUCCUGUAUAGGAACACCCUUGGGCAGUUUGGGGUUUCUCUCAUGCCAACAGAGAUCUCAGAGAGAUCCUUCAGUGGUAGCACCGAGCAGUCCAUGCGCAGAAUCCAUGUGGUCUGUCAAGCUGCCGACAGUGACGCAUCCCUGCCGGUGGGGCGCCUGGUCGCUGUGAACUUCCUACCAGUACAUGACAUCACAACAGCUGAUUUGUACACCAUCAUUGCUAGAUCAGCAGAGUCAGUCAGGCUGAGGAUUCAACCACUGGACUUCCCCCAGUCUGUGUUACAGACCCUUGUUUAUAGUGAGCAGCACAGGGUAGCACAGGAGAAUGACAGUCAGGGACAGAGUCACCCUCUAGGUAUUAAGGUUCUGGUUAAGCGUAAGAUGAAGCGAGUCAUCCAGCGGUGUCGUGAGGCAGUUGGUUCCUGUUGCGAGCAGUUGAAAUCAUGUGUAUCAGGGGUAUGAACUAGAAGCACAAAGUGCUUGGAAGAUGCUUUUCUACCAUCAAGAAUCACUAUAAAUACUGACGCAAUUAUAGAAAUUUGAGAACAAACCUUGUACACGUUGUCCAUACCUUAGUACAUUACAUGCUAUUUAUCAUUUUAUGGCAUGUAUGUAAUGUACCUUAUGGUCAGGUCACUCUAUUUUGUGCUAGCAGAAAUAAACUGAUGAUUGAAGUUUAGCAUACAACUGUCUCAGACUUUUGAAAUGUGUAGAAACAAAUGUCUCACCUCAACAGUGUCUUACGUAUACA